AAGACCAUCCAGGUCAUCGCCUUCCUCUCGGGAAUGUUCGACGCCGAGCUCAUCCGGCACGUGCUGCUCAUCAUGCCCACCACCCUGGUCAGCAGCUGGCUGGCCGAGUUCGCGCGCUGGACCCCCGGCCUGCGCGUCAAGGAGUUCCACGGCACCAGCAAGGCGGAGCGCACCAGGAACCUGGAGAGGGUCCAGAGGAGGAACGGCAUCGUGGUCACGAGCUACCAGAUGCUAAUCAACAACUGGAAGCAGCUCGCCAGCAGCUACGAGCAGGAGUUUGUCUGGGACUACGUCAUUCUCGACGAAGCGCAUAAAAUCAAGUGCCCAUCUAACAAAACGACCAGGUGUGUGUACGCAAUUCCUGCGAAGCACCGUCUCCUCCUGACGGGCACCCCCGUGCAGAACAACCUGCGGGAAAUGUGGUCCUUGUUUGACUUUGCGUGCCAAGGCUCUCUCCUGGGGACAGCCAAAACGUUUAAAAUGGAAUAUGAGAACCCCAUUACCAGGGCAAGGGAGAAGGACGCAACUCUAGGCGAGAAAGCGCUGGGGCUAAAGAUAUCUGAGAAUCUAAUGACAAUUAUAAAGCCGUAUUUCCUCAGAAGAACCAAAGAAGAUAUCAAAACCAACCAUCCUGACAAACCAGACGCUCCUCUCCCUGAGGAUCCGUGUGAGAACAGCGCUCCCAUCAUGCCAUCCCUCACCAGGAAAAACGACUUUGUCGUGUGGGUGUACCUGUCACCGGUGCAGGAGGAAAUAUACAGGAACUUUCUCUCUCUGGAUCACGUGAAAGAAGUGCUGAUGACGACCCGAUCGCCUCUGGCUGAGCUGACUGUCCUGAAGAAGCUUUGUGACCACCCCAGGCUUCUGUCUGCGAGAGCAUGCAUCCAGCUGGGCUUGGAAGAGCAGGAGCACCCUGAGCAGGACCACAGGGGCAAUGAAGCGCUUUCAGGUGCUAAUGAAAUAGAUCAUCUCCCUGAUGAGACCCUGAUUCGGGAGUCUGGGAAAAUGCUGUUCCUGGUAGGACUUCUGGAAAGGCUGCGAGAAGAGGGACACCGAACCCUGGUGUUCUCGCAGUCGAGGAAGAUGCUGGACAUCAUAGAGCACAUCUUGUCCCGCAGACGAUUCAAGAUCAUGCGCAUUGACGGAACAGUAACACACCUAACAGAGCGGGAGAAGCGCAUCAACGCCUUUCAGAGCAACGCAGACUACUCGGUCUUCCUGCUCACUACGCAGGUUGGUGGCGUUGGUAUCACCUUAACGGCAGCCAGCCGAGUGGUGAUCUUUGAUCCCAGCUGGAAUCCAGCUACAGACGCUCAGGCUGUAGACAGAGCCUAUAGGAUCGGGCAGAAAGAGAACGUAGUCAUUUACAGACUGAUUACCUGUGGCUCGGUGGAAGAGAAGAUCUACAGGCGGCAAGUAUUUAAGGACUCAUUAAUAAGACAGACUACCGGUGACAAAAAGAACCCAUUUAGGUAUUUCUCCAAACAGGAACUACGGGAGCUUUUCACAUUAGAAGAUACUCACACAUCUGCGACUCAGAUCCAGCUGCAGUCUUUGCACGCCACCCAAAGAAAGACCGACCCGCAGCUGGACGAACACAUUGCUUACCUGCACUCCCUGGAAAUGUUCGGCAUUUCCGAUCACGACCUGAUGUACACGAGGGAAAUAGCUCACGAGGAGCAGGUGGAGAGUGAAGAAGCCCAUCAGUACAUCCAGCGGAGGGUACAGAAAGCCCGUGAGCUGGUGCAGUUAGAGUCCCAGCUCAGAGACCAGAGGAUGGAGGGGAUCAGAAAUUCCUGUGAAGAGACGCGGCAACGGCCACCAGAACUGAUUUCCGAGCCAAAGAAGUUGUCUCCGGGGCUGAACAACAUGAAUCACUUUGUUUCACCACCAGCAGCUGAUAAACAUGAAAAUGACAAAGUUAUCGAUCUUACCGAGGACCAGGACGUCCAGGUUCUUCAUGUCAGCUCCAGAAUGACAAGUCUGACUAUUGAUGACUUGGAUGAAGAGAAACAGGCACAAGAUGUGUCCGGUAUGGAUACAGAGCUGCUUAACACUAGCAAGACAGUGGAACAAUCCAACGUGCAAGAAUCUGAGCAAAACCUUGACUCCAGCAUUAUCCCAUCAUCACCUGGACUUCAGCCACUUGAUACAGAGAGGCAGAGUCUCGAGCAGAAAAGGCAUUCCCAGGUAAACUCAGAGAGCUUGACUGAGGCAGGGAGUGGCCUGUCUGGGCGUCGUCAGCGUUCCUCUAACGAGUCUGGUAUGGCUGAGGAGCCCAAACGGUUCCGAGAUGCCGAAAUGUCAGAUCAGGCACCUGACCCGCAUCCUGCCUCAGGGACAGGUACGGAUGACGUUCCUGAGCUAGCUCUGGCUGCCGCGGUGCCAAGUUUAUCAAAUGUUACGCCAGAAACCCAUGCUGGGCUCCAGAAGUCUCAUGUGCUGGAAACCAGCUUGGAGGAGAUGUCUGUGCCUUCUCUCCAGGAUCAAGUUAACUUCAACCUGGUCUUGGAGGAGUCUGACGAUGAAUGGCAAGAUGCCUCGAAUCAGGACAGAUCACUGGAGCACCCAGGAAAGGACGGCUGCCAACUGAAAGCAGGAAGUUUUUAUAGAUCUCCAACAAAAACGUGUCUAAGUGAGGAUGGAGACACUGGAAAACCCUGUCACACGGCUGCAGAAGGGCCAAACAACUCCCCACAAGGGAGCGAAGCCUCAGAGGAAAGCAGCGGUGCCUUUGCUUUUGGUAGAAAGAAAUCCUUGAGAAGAAUUGUUUCAGACAGUGAGGAUGAAGACUGUUCCGUUAUGGUCAUGGAGGAAAACCAGCCAGAAAAGAGGUCCUCUCCCCUGAACAGCCCGCUGCACCAGUUCCUGGAAGGAAUUAGUACCUCCACUCCUAAAGGUGACAGAAGCGCAGCAAAAGCCAUCUUCUCUCCCCGACUAACUAGCAGCGGUAACAGGUCCACGGCUUCCAGGCGAUCCCUGAUCAACCAGGUGGUAGACGAGGUUGAGGACAUUGCAGAAAUCAUGGGCACCACUGGUGAAGAAGAUGAUGAUGAGGACAGUGAUGAGGAGCAAGACGACCUUGUGGAAGAAGAAGCUGAAGAGUGCAGCGGGGAAUCUGCUGAGCCUGAAGAAGAACCUGCUGGAGAAACGCUCGAUACAGCCGAGGAAUCCUCCCACCUAGACAGCGAGCCCUCCGAGCCCUCCGAGGCAGAGGAGACGGAGUCGUCUCAGGAGGAAUCCACUGGCCCUGCCGAGCUUCAGUCAGGUGAGCAGAUAGACUACUUCACCCAGGAAAGCGUCUCCGAAAGAGAGUCUGGUCAGAGUUCCUCACCUGCCACAGACGAUUACGAUGCCUUGGUAGAGAGUGGGAAGAAACUUCAGGAUGCUGGAAAACUACAGGAGGCGUUGAACUGUUUCCUGCAAGCUCUUGACGUUAAAAGUGGGGAUCCUGAAGUUAUGCUCAUGACUUUAAACUUGUACAGACAGCUAGCCCAGAAGUGA